GCCGGUGGAUCGGACCGGAGCUGCCGCGGCUGCUGCGGAAGAGGAAAAAAAAAAAAAAAAAAAAAAAAAGGAAAACAACAGCCGGCGGCCGGCGGAGCAGCGCCCGUGCCCCCGCCAGCUCCCGGAGUGCGGAGCCGCCCAGAGGUAUGUCAUGCCCAGACCAGCAGAGGGCUCCAUGAGGAUUUAUAGAAGAUGCCCCGCGUCUCGGCGCCUUUGGUGCUGCUUCCUACGUGGCUCGUGAUGGUCGCCUGCAGCCCCCACUCCCUGAGGAUUGCUGCUAUCUUGGACGACCCCAUGGAAUGCAGCAGAGGGGAGAGGCUGUCCAUCACCCUGGCCAAGAACCGCAUCAACCGCGCUCCUGAGAGGCUGGGCAAGGCCAAGGUCGAAGUGGACAUCUUUGAGCUGCUCAGAGACAGCGAGUACGAGACUGCAGAAACCAUGUGUCAGAUCCUCCCCAAGGGAGUAGUUGCUGUCCUGGGACCUUCAUCCAGCCCUGCCUCCAGUUCCAUCAUCAGCAACAUCUGUGGGGAAAAGGAGGUUCCUCAUUUCAAAGUGGCCCCAGAGGAGUUUGUCAAGUUCCAGUUCCAGAGAUUCACAACCCUGAACCUGCACCCCAGCAACACAGACAUCAGCGUGGCCGUGGCUGGGAUCCUGAACUUCUUCAACUGCACCACCGCCUGCCUCAUCUGUGCCAAAGCAGAAUGCCUUUUAAACCUAGAGAAGCUGCUCCGGCAGUUCCUGAUCUCCAAGGACACACUCUCCGUCAGGAUGCUGGAUGACACCCGGGACCCCACCCCACUCCUCAAGGAGAUCCGGGAUGACAAGACAGCCACCAUCAUCAUCCAUGCCAAUGCCUCCAUGUCCCACACCAUCCUCCUGAAGGCAGCUGAACUAGGGAUGGUGUCAGCCUAUUACACAUACAUCUUCACUAAUCUGGAGUUCUCACUCCAGAGAAUGGACAGCCUUGUGGAUGACCGUGUCAACAUCCUAGGAUUUUCCAUUUUCAACCAAUCCCAUGCUUUUUUCCAAGAGUUUGCCCAGAGCCUCAACCAGUCCUGGCAAGAGAACUGUGACCACGUGCCCUUCACUGGGCCUGCGCUGUCCUCAGCCCUGCUCUUUGAUGCCGUCUAUGCUGUGGUGACAGCAGUACAGGAGCUGAAUCGGAGCCAGGAGAUCGGUGUGAAGCCCCUGUCUUGUGGCUCAGCCCAGAUCUGGCAGCACGGCACCAGCCUCAUGAACUACCUGCGCAUGGUAGAAUUGGAAGGUCUCACCGGCCACAUUGAAUUCAACAGCAAAGGCCAGAGGUCCAACUAUGCCUUGAAAAUCUUACAGUUCACGAGGAAUGGUUUCCGGCAGAUUGGCCAGUGGCACGUGGCAGAGGGCCUCAGCAUGGACAGCCGUCUCUACGCCUCGAACAUCUCCGACAGCCUCUUCAACACCACCCUAGUCGUCACCACCAUCCUGGAAAACCCGUAUUUAAUGCUGAAGGGGAACCACCAGGAGAUGGAAGGCAAUGACCGCUAUGAAGGCUUCUGUGUAGACAUGCUCAAGGAGCUGGCCGAGAUCCUCCGGUUCAACUACAAGAUACGCCUGGUCGGAGAUGGUGUGUACGGUGUGCCAGAGGCCAACGGCACCUGGACAGGCAUGGUCGGGGAGCUAAUUGCUCGGAAAGCAGAUCUGGCUGUGGCAGGCCUCACUAUUACGGCGGAGCGCGAGAAGGUGAUUGAUUUCUCUAAGCCCUUCAUGACGCUGGGAAUUAGCAUUCUUUACCGAGUUCAUAUGGGACGCAGACCGGGCUAUUUCUCCUUCCUGGACCCCUUUUCUCCAGGCGUCUGGCUCUUCAUGCUUCUAGCCUAUCUGGCUGUCAGCUGUGUCCUCUUCCUCGUGGCUCGGUUGACGCCCUACGAGUGGUAUAGCCCUCACCCAUGCGCCCAGGGUCGGUGCAACCUCCUGGUCAACCAGUAUUCCCUUGGCAACAGCCUUUGGUUUCCAGUUGGGGGCUUCAUGCAGCAGGGCUCCACCAUUGCCCCCCGAGCCUUAUCUACCCGCUGCGUCAGUGGAGUCUGGUGGGCCUUCACGCUGAUUAUCAUCUCAUCCUACACGGCCAACCUGGCAGCCUUUCUGACCGUGCAGCGCAUGGAUGUGCCCAUUGAGUCAGUGGACGACCUGGCUGACCAGACUGCCAUCGAAUACGGCACCAUUCACGGAGGCUCCAGCAUGACCUUCUUCCAAAAUUCCCGCUAUCAGACCUACCAGCGCAUGUGGAAUUACAUGUACUCCAAACAGCCAAGUGUGUUUGUGAAGAGCACAGAGGAGGGAAUUGCCAGGGUGUUGAACUCCAACUAUGCCUUUCUGCUGGAGUCCACCAUGAACGAGUACUAUCGGCAGCGAAACUGCAACCUCACUCAGAUUGGGGGCCUGCUGGACACCAAGGGCUAUGGGAUUGGCAUGCCAGUCGGUUCAGUUUUCCGGGACGAGUUCGAUCUGGCCAUUCUCCAGCUCCAGGAGAACAAUCGCCUUGAAAUCCUGAAGCGCAAGUGGUGGGAAGGGGGAAAGUGUCCCAAGGAGGAAGAUCACAGAGCCAAAGGUCUGGGAAUGGAGAAUAUUGGUGGAAUCUUUGUGGUUCUUAUUUGUGGCUUAAUCGUGGCCAUUUUUAUGGCAAUGUUGGAGUUUUUAUGGACUCUCAGACACUCAGAAGCAACUGAGGUGUCCGUCUGCCAGGAGAUGGUGACCGAGCUGCGCAGCAUCAUCCUGUGUCAGGACAGUGUCCACCCUCGCCGGCGGCGCGCUGGGGUCCCGCAGCCCCGGCCCCCUCUCCCGGAGGAGCGGCGGCCCCGGGGCACGGCCACGCUCAGCAAUGGCAAGCUGUGCGGCGCCGGGGAGCCCGACCAGCUGGCGCAGAGACUGGCCCAGGAGGCGGCCCUGGUGGCCCGCGUGCACGCACAUCCGCGUCUGCCCCGAGUGCCGCCGCUUCCAGGGCCUCCGCGCGCGGCCGUCCCCGGCCCGCAGCGAGGAGAGCCUGGAGUGGGAGAAGACCACCAACAGCAGCGAGCCCGAGUAGCCACCGGCGGCCACCGACGCGAGCCAGGUGGGGAGGCGGGAGGGCUGGCGGCCGCGGGCGCGGGAGCCCGGACUUUUCCAGCGGCCACUUCGGCUUCUUCUCCCCGAUCUGGGAUUCAGUCACUUUACAAAACGGUCAAAGAGCCUGACGCCCCAGCCAGCCAGAGACACAGUGCCCCAUCCGGACCGGUGCACCCAGAGACGGUGCACCCAAGUGGCAGAGGGAUGCGCUCCCUCGUGGGCACAAGGACCCGUCUUCUCCCAGUGGGCUUUUCCCUCCCAAAUAAGAGCGUCUGGGGUGGGGGGCCCUGCCCGGACCAGGCAAGGCAUUGAUGGGAUCAUCAGCUGAACUUCUCUCCCAGGAAGGGGCCAUUGUUCGUACCUUGGGUCUAGUUCUUACAGGAGGAAAAAAAAAAAUUAAACUCAACAGGGAAGUUUUUCUUUUCUGGAUUUGUAUAUUUUUGUUAAUGUUCUUUUCUUUCCUCCCUCCUUUCUUCUUUGGUCACUCUCAGCCCCGUUUACUGGUUUUGUAGUUUUUGGAGGCAGAGGUUGGGUUAGGAAAGGGAAGUCUAAAUUACCCAUAUUGCUUUCUCGCGGAUUCUAGCACAGGGAGUCGCAGCUGCAUUUGAUUCCGGGUGCCGAGCUCUGUGCUCACUGUGUUGGGUGGGAACCUGCAGGAGUAGUGCAGGACGGGGACCUGGAGAAAGGAACAGAGGAGUCUCAGUGAAAGUCCAUUAAAGAGACUUCAGAUGCCAAAAAGCAAUUAACCCGUAGGGUACUUGGAGAGACCUUGAAAUGUCUCAGGUGUCAAGGGUUAAUGUGUCUUUUUCUUUCUCUGUAUUUUCUGACUCUCACUUCUGCUGGGUUGGGUUUGGUCUUUGGCCUCUGAUGAGAGAUGUGGAGGAAUACUGUACACAGCAUCCUUUCCUUGCUAAGGGUGGUAUAAUGUGCCCUGGCUUCCACUGCAACUUGCUGCUCACAGAAGAGGAGGGACAGGGCCACCGUUUUGGUAUGGUGCAUACUUUAUUAACUACAUUUCCUUUUAGCCAAAUUCAGUAGCUGCCUAUGAUGUCCCAUCUUGGAUACUGUCAUGGAUUGAGUGAUUUCUUGCUACUGUUAUGUGAGAUCUGAGUGUGUGUGUGUGUGUGUGUGUGUGUGUGUGUGUGUGUGAUUUUGUAUGUGUCUUUGUGUCUGUUUAUUAAAUGGCAAGACUACAGGCAAAUAAGAAUUUGCCAGGUUUCUGACAGAGAAAUGGAGUCUCAUAGCCAAUCACAGGCCUGGGAAGCAGAAAUCUUGGGUCUUGAACACAGCUGUGGGCAGCAGCCACCCGGCCCCUUGUGUGACUUUAGGCACAAAGCAUCUGACUUCUGUUCCAUACACAGAGUAGGAUAGGAGUUCGUACACUGGUGCCUUCCUGGUUAUCAGGUGUUUCUGGUCACUGCUCUGCUCCUAAGACAUCUGCAGACUCACAUGAAGGGAGGGGCAAGGCUUCCCAGAAGCUGCUUAACUCUGCUUGGCAUCACCACUUGGGACUUUCAUGGAGAAAGUUGUCAUUUUCUGAUGGAAAACAAAUUCUAUGCAAUUUCUGAUUGUAAACAGGAGAUUCAGAGGGAGAGAGGUGUAAACAGCCCCUGCCACUACUAUCGGGAAUGGAGUUGUGCUCACCCUGCUUCUGCUCUGACUAUACUAAAAUAAAGACAUCUUUGGAGAUGCUGAGCUCCAUUCCAUGCUUUUACUGUUUGGGUAGGUCAGCACCCGCUGUGGGCCAGGACAUCUAGGUAAAUCGGCCCUCUUGGAGACCCUGAGGGCACAUUGAUUAUUCUUAUUCAGGAUGCCUGUCUUAUCCUAGCUGACCUCUGCCCUUUCCUAAAUUGGAAUCCUUUUUAUCUUGUUUUACUGUAACCAUGCGGUGACAGUAGGCUGUGCAGGACAUUUAGGUACUUUUGAGUCUUGCCUAACACCUUGGGGAGAGCCUUGGACAGGUGGGAAGGACACCUGAAGGCCAACUGUCCACAGACCCCAGCGGUGCCACGUGGCUCCACCCUGCAGCCCCAUCCCUUGUUUCUGACUUUGGGGUCCCACACUGGGGCGGGAAGGGAUUUUUUUAAAAAAUACAUUUUUAUGAGCAGGCUACCUUGAUCAAUAGCAGACUUUUUUUUUUUAAUGGAUUAGUGGAAUAAACGUUCCCAUGCAUCAUUUAUAAAUGCUGUUUCCCGCACCUUGUGGAACACAGAUGAGAUUGACAGCACCAGGCAGUUUCUCUUAGCCCCUGACAUGGUUGCUGCCCUUCCUCCAGCUGCUGUGUGAGUUUGUGGCCUUCCUUGGUUCGCUUCCCCUUUUUAUCUGUUGAUUGUUGGCUUCCUUUUCCAUUCUGUAUUUUCUAUCUGACUCUGUGUACUGUACGAAGCAGUUUUUUCUCGUCUGUUUAUCUUUCUUCGACUGGACUAUUUACAAUAAAACAGAAACAAACCCUGAAA